AUGGACAACGUGGCAUACAGCCCAAGCGGACUGGCGAGGUUGUCGAUGUUGCUCGGCGCCCCGGAGGCCGCGGUGCGUCUCCUCAUCUCGAUUUUACUAGGAUUCCCCGUUGCUCUUCUUCAUAGGUAUACGCUCUACGGGAAAGAUCCGACUCGUCAGCACUUAUUUUUCAUAGCGUGCGGUCUCUCAAUAGGAUACUGGAAUUACGAUUAUAAGAUACUUCAUUCAUCGACGGCAGUAUGCGUAACAUAUUUGGUUCUGACAGUUCUCGGCAGCACUGGGCUAUCCGUCAUAAUAACGUUCUUCUUCAACAUGACGUAUCUACUUUACGGCUAUUACACCACCAGUACUCAAGAUUACGACAUAAAAUGGACAAUGCCGCAAUGCGUGCUGACCCUUAGGUUAAUAGGACUUGCAUUUAAUUUAUGGGACGGUCAGAAACGUGACGAGGAACUCUCCAACACUCAAAAACAGGUGAUCUUGAAAGAACGACCGUCGCUAUUGCAAAUUGCGGCGUACGCUUAUUUUCCAGGCGCCUUCCUGAUUGGGCCACAGUUCAGCAUGCGACGAUAUUUGGACUAUGUUAAUGGUCAGCUCACAGAUCGUGAUCCGCAAACUGGUGCUAUCAAGCUGCCAGAUUGUGUAUCAGUGGGAUUAUUACGAGCUUUCAUCGGAUUCAUAUAUGUGGUGAUAUUUCAAAUCGGCACACUUUACGUUUCCGAUCAGUAUCUCUUUGAGCCUUCAUUUCAGAAACUCAAUUUAAUAAAGAAAUGCUUGAUAAUCGGCCUGUGGGGUCGCAUCAAUCUUUACAAAUAUAUCAGUGUCUGGCUAAUCACAGAAGGGGUGUGCAUUACCUUUGGUCUCACCUACAAUGGGAGAGAUUCCGAGGGUCGUAUUAAAUGGGAUGGUUGCGCGAACGUUAAAUUGCAGACAUUUGAAACUAGCACGCAAUUCAAUCAUUAUAUUCUCUCGUUCAACAUAAAUACUAACAACUGGUGUGCGGAGUACAUUUAUAAAAGGCUCAAGUUUCUGGGCUCAAAAAUGUACAGUCAAAUAAUGACGCUGGUGUUUCUUGCCCUCUGGCAUGGUUUUCACUCUGGAUAUUAUCACUGUUUCUUCAUGGAGUUUGCUGUGAUGUACUUCGAACGAGACAUUGGACCAGUUUUACGAAACAGCGAGAAAGUUCAAACUCUGUUGAAAACACGAUGGGAAGCACGUAUACUUGCUUGGCUCUUUCUAAAGCUCUAUACUUUUGUUUUCAUGGGAUACGCCCUUGUAUCAUUCGUACUUCUCUCGUUUUCGCGGUAUAAUCAAGUGUAUGCUAGUUUAUAUUAUUGCGGACAUGUGUUCUUCCUCUCUUAUCCGUUCCUCGCGCCAUAUAUUAAACGAUUGAUUGGUCAAAGACAAGAGCAUCAACGAUCGCAUCAAGAAUAAGAUGAUACGAUCUACGAGUUUUUUUUCUUUUCCCUCGAUAUUGUUGAGGCAUUGCCCUUAUACUUGGUUUUUUUUCACUCCGUUGUUUGUUGCGAAUCAAUAUUUUGGAAGACAUACAGCUGUGGUGUAAUGGACGCUGGUAUAUAGUUACACUUACUUACAGACACUAGUCUUCAACGUCCCGAAAGAAAUGUGAUAGUGCAUAUCUAACAGAAGAUACGGGAAAAUAAUAAGACGUAUUACCAUCACUAUUACGUUUCGUAACGGUUAUGAAUUCACUAAAAUAUAACGUUAUUUCUGCUUGAAUUUAUUUCAACGUUCAAACUUGCGAAUGAAAAAUUUGCUUGAAGAAUUUGUCAUUUUAACGAAAUGGCGAUAGUGAUGGAACUAUACGAAUGCGAAUAAUAUUGCUAAGAAUAUGUCGAUUUGGAAAUCAACAUAUUGUUUAGAAAAAAAUUCCGCUGGUCGGGAAUUUUGUGUGCCUGUAUUUGGGAAUUUCUACGAUCUUAAUUUUAUGAAAUUCGAGAAAUUCCAACAAUAAUUCUAGAUAUUUCAGUAUUUUCCUACAACAAUAUGUUUUUGUAUCUUUAAUCGUAUUUUUCUAUAUGUAAUAUAUUCGAUUGAUCAAACUUUUAUUUACCUGUAUUGCAUCGAUAAUAAAAUCUGUUAAAAUGCGUUACGCUCUUUCAGUGAUAAGGAUUGUUAAUAUAACACUAGCAACCAUAUAAACUAGUUGAGUGUUACAAUAUCCCGAAAAAGACUCGAAGACAAAAGCAAUUGUGCAUCUAGUGUCGCGAUAAGAAUGUCCAUUCGAGAAGAUUUACGAAAAUUAUGUUGCACGCGCAAAGAAUAUCUAAAAAAUAAUAUCGUGAUUUUAUAAAUUCGAAAAAUAAAUGAAACAACAUAGAAAACACAUACGUGUGCGCGAUUGAAGUUCAAGAAUCUUACCGUAGGCAGCGUACUGUACAUUUUAUGCGAUUAAACGCAUUUUACUAGACCUCUUUAAAUGUAAAUACGACGAUAAGAGGUGGACUGUAAUUCUAGUCGAGUAUGUACCUUCUACCGUGUGUAUGCAUACUCUAUUAGUAUCGGUAUGCGAUAUAUAAAGUAACGUGAAAAGUGAUUUUCAAUCUUA